UCUUUGAUUUCAAUGCGCGUAUAUUCUGAUAAUGGAAUGCAACCUUUCAGUGAAUUGCGCGCCAUCUCUGAUAAAACCACCAGUACCACCAACCCAUAACCUACAAAUAUAUAUUGUUAAGUUUUUAAAUAACGCAAACGUUUCAAAGAAAAAUGAACGAAUGAACCUUAAUUUUUUUCCAAUGAACGUCUUCGUAGUGUACACAAUUUAAGUGAUGGAUGUAGACCUUUUACGACCCGGUACUGUACCAAUAUCGCCUGAUACCGUUCUUUGGUUUGAAUUUUUACUUCGAGAGGAACUUCUGCUGGACCACUUACAAAAGGAGAAACCUGAUCCGUCUCCGGUUGAGCUUAUUAAUAAAUUUACGUCUGUGGUAUAUGAAACUACCGAUCUUAAAAAAGUUGAGGUAGAUGGAGACAAAAGCAGCGUGUUGGAAACUAAGUACACAUUGAAGCAUCUGGCGCUUAAGAUAUUAUCUUUGAAAGUAGUGGCCUAUUUAAAAUGGAAUCUUGAUAUUAUCAAAGAGCUACCAUAUAAAUUUCAACUGAACAUCCUACAAGACCUAUUAUACUUCACCAAUAACCAAAUUCCAGUUGAUAUUUUUAACGUACCCGAUGUUGAAGAUACAGAAAUCUUAUCCCAACCUUUCGGUUUUGCAUUAGUCUUGUUUCAUCGAUGGGUAAUUAGAAGCACUGUAAAUUGUAUAUUUAUGGGUCCGGUCAAGUUCAUAGGGAACAUCGAAUUUACGUCACCUGACGAUUCAAUUAUACAUUCCCCUCAGAACGUUCAAAAGAGUGUGUGCUUCCUCACCGAUAUUUUGGCAAAAGGCUGUGUGCCUCAUCUUAUAACCUACGAUUGCUUUGCAACGCUGAAAGAGGACAGUUUACUGGUAGAAAACAAUUGGGACCGAUCUACGCCGAUUUCGAAAGACGAAUUUUAUGCACAGAUCAGUUACGAUUUGGCAGAGUUCUACUUUUUUAAAGAAAAUUAUGAGACUGCCACAUCGUAUUUUAACAACUGCAUGCAGUAUUACAACAGUAUUUCUCACAAGACUGGAUUUCUGAAUGUUAACUCUAAAAAACUGGAGGGAUACUGUUUAGCUUGCAGUUGUAGUGCCACCGACACAUCUUUGAGUUUAUUGCAACAGCUACACAUGAGUACUGUUAACCAAUACAUGGUUUGUAUACUUUUUUUGUUUCUUGUUUUCAGUAGAGGGUAAUCUUCUACUGCUGGAUGUCAAUCUUUAAAGCUUCACCCGUUAGAAGUUUCGAUUGGGGGAUUGUAUUAUCUGUUUGUGCUGCUCCCCUUGCUACUGGCAUAAGGGGUGGGGCCAGGAAGAAAGCAGGACCUAUCAAUUCUUUGUUGGAAAAAGAUUUGAAACAUUUGUCUCCUUUAUGCAAAUGUCCUGUGCUGUAAACA